CCGCAUUUCCCAACUUCAUGCAAUUACCCGAUCUAUAGCUUCCCACUAUCAAGUCCUAACAAGCUUCAAGCUUUCUUCAUCUCUAUAAAACCAAGCAAUGCCCAGAAACAUUUAAACUUAGCCAAAACCCAAGAGCAUCCCAUUAAAUAAUCACACGUACCGAAAUACUAACUAUUAAAUCCCAACGGGCAAGAUGUCUCAUUGUCGUGAAGAACACGACCAUGGUGACCAUCAUCAUCAUGACCACGAUCAUGACCAUACGGACGAGAUGGUGCCCGCUAUGAAUCACAGCUUAUACCAGCAUAUCAUCUUCGACCAGAUCACCACGCUAAACGAGACGCUUAAGGAUUCCGGCAGGAAGAUCGUCGAAAAGACAUGGGCUCAGAGUGAACUGCUGGAGCCGGAGCUCGAGAGCGACGCCGAUGAGCAGGUUAUUAUAAACGUGCCCUUCACCGGCCAAGUCAAGCUGCACACAAUCCUCCUCCGCUCGCCGCCUGACGCCAGCGCGCCGCGCACGCUCAAAGUGUUCACGAACCGGGAAGACGUAGACUUCGACGUAGCCUCGGAGAUGUCCCCGACGCAGACGUUCGAGCUGUCGCAGUUCAGCGGCGUGCAGGAACUGCCCGUCCGCCGGGCCCUGUUCGGCAACGUGCGCCGGCUGGCGCUGUUCUUCGAGGACAACUUCGGCGACGAGGAGUCCACGCGCAUCUCGUACCUGGGCUUCAAGGGCGAUUGGAUACCCGUCGGGCGCGCGCCGGUGAAUAUCCUGUACGAGGCCGCGCCGAACCCCAACGAUCAUAGGGUUAAGGGGACGGCGGCGUCGAGGCAUCUUGACUCUGCGUUUGGGAGGGACGGGUAACGUGAGGUUUGGUGAUGAAAAGGGGGUUAAUCAGUCGAUGGGUGGGUGCCUUUUAGUGCAGAGGGAGCAUCAUUAUCCACGGCAUCUACAAUACUACAAUACUACAAUACUACAAUACUAC